UUUCUAAAGCUUUUGUUGAAGAAUAUUAAGCUAUACAGGUUUCCCAGAAUAUUGCAAGUGUGAAUUAGUUAUACACGUAUAGUGUGGUAUGACGUUACUGAGUUACCAAAUAAUGUCGGAUAAUAAUGUCACCAUUGUUCGAAAAAUAUAAAACUCAACAUGUAGGUUGCCAGAAUUGUAGUUUUGUCGUACAACAUGGAACGCAUACAGUGCAAGUUCAACAAGGAGAAAGGUUUCUGAGAUCAUGAAUAUGUAUUUCCCUACGUUUCCCAAAGUCCAUUGCGUACACAUAAUCCGCCAUAUUGAAUCUUGAGAGAACGCGCUGGGAGGUACGCGACGGUGUAUCCACAACAUACAAAUUCUUGGAACGAUGACCCAGACCGUUCAGACUAAUGGGGUCCAGCCCCUCAGUAAGACCUGGGAACUCAGCCUGUACGAACUGCAGAGAACCCCGCAGGAGGCGAUAACGGAUGGGCUGGAGAUAGCGGUGUCACCACGCAGCCUGCACAGUGAGCUGAUGUGCCCCAUCUGCCUUGACAUGCUGAAGAACACCAUGACCACCAAGGAGUGUCUGCACCGCUUCUGUGCUGACUGCAUUAUCACUGCACUCCGGUCCGGGAACAAAGAGUGUCCCACCUGCAGGAAGAAGCUGGUGUCAAAGCGCUCCCUAAGGCCGGACCCCAACUUCGACGCCCUGAUCAGCAAGAUCUACCCCAGCAGAGACGAGUACGAGGCACACCAGGAGAGGGUCCUGGCCCGCAUCAGCAAACACAACAACCAGCAGGCCCUCAGCCACAGCAUCGAGGAGGGGUUAAAGAUCCAGGCCAUGAACCGACUGCAGCGGGGAAAGAAGCACCAGAUUGAGAACGGCAGCGGGGCGGAGGACAACGGUGACAGCUCCCACUGCAGCAACGCCUCCGUCCACAGCAACCAGGAGGCGGGGCCCAGCAUCAAGCGCACCAAGACCUCGGACGACUCGGGCCUGGACAUGGACAACGCUGCGGAGAAUGGCACGGGCGACAUGGCCCUCGACGGAGCCAGUGAGAUUGAGCUGGUCUUCCGACCGCACCCAACGCUGAUGGACAAAGACGAUGCCGCACAGACAAGGUACAUUAAGACUUCCGGAAAUGCCACAGUUGACCAUCUGUCCAAGUACCUGGCUGUGAGACUAGCCCUGGAGGAGCUUCGUAAGAAUGGAGAUGCAAGUCCAAUUAAUGUGGAGGCGGCAAGCGAGAAGCAGUACACCAUCUACAUACCCACCGCCAACAGUCAGUUCACGGUCCUGAAUGGGUCCUUCUCCCUGGAGCUGGUGAGUGAGAAGUAUUGGAAGGUCAACAAGCCCAUGGAACUGUACUUUGCCCCCACCAAGGAGCAUAAAUAGUCCCAUCAUGGGACAGGCCAAAAGACUGACAUCUUUCCUCUCUUUCGUCCUUUUUUCCCGUUGGAUUUAUUGGUUUGCAGGAGCACCUGUUUUUGAAUAACUGUGGCUGCUUUUUUUUUUUGUUUUUUUGAACUUUUUUUGACAUUUUUAAAUGGCAUAAGGAGUGUGUAUGUGGCGUGUGGUGGGUGCACUGUUUUCUUUUAAUCCCUAAAAUGUUCGGAUCAAGCACUUUUUAGUUUGGAAAGGAUUGAUUUAAUCCAUUCUGUACCUACAGUUGUCAGUAUGUGAUCCUUCGACAUCAGCCGAUAUCAGAAACACCAAGCAGCCCCUCAGAAGGCUAAUUGUUAUUCUUGUCAAUAGUUUAGUUUCUUUUUUAAACUGCAUUUAGACAAGCAUUUAGAAGGUUCUUUAAAAAUGAGUCGUCGUCAGUAAGCCAGUGUGCAUCUGUGGCCAUGUAUCAAAUUUUCACUUCCAGCCAAAAAUCAAUUUAAAAAACAGUUACUGGUAAAGACGCAUUUUACUGACAUUGAUUAUUUGGAUUUGAGGGACAUUGUUUUGUAGGACCCGAUGGUGUUGCUGCAGGCUAUUUACUCUCUACACUUAAUGAUGAUCUCAGAGAGCAUAUGACUGUUUUAGAAACAAGACAAAAUGUAAUUACAGCAUAGUGUACUACAGAUGCAGAAUGUGAACAUUUGAGCUUUAUAUAAGUGAUGAGCUUGUGUUGUCCUAAACAGCAUAAAGGAAACCUGUAAGUGGUUGAUGAGAACAAGGCCCAAAGGUGAUUUGCAAAAAAAAAAAAAAACAGAAAAAGAGCCCUUGGAAUUAACACAUCAUGUUCAGCUUAAGGUCAAAAGUCUUUUUUU